GAAGUCCUCAGGUUAGCAUAGACCGAAUCCUGUAUACACAGGACUUGGAAUGCGUCGAAAUCCGGCCCGGACGUCUUAGCGGAAGGAUCACGCGGAUCCGAACGGUAAUUCCGUUUCCUAUCCAAUUCCUAUCUUGCCUCCGUCCCUAUCAACCUGCUGUAUGAAGGAUUCAGGCAUCCGGGAUUAUCUUCUAUACAAUCCUUGUGGAUAGGGAAAAAAUACUUUGACGUCCACUUGACCAUUCGAGCGCCAUGGCGAAGCCUGCUUUUUACGAUCCCGACUCAUCGAACGAAAAAUAUGUCCCUCUGCCUUCGGCGCCGCUCGUUACUUUGAGCGAGAAUGCGGUUCUUCAACCGCCUUUGACUCGUCGCGGGACAGGCCCUGGGAUGAUUAUCUUCCUUCCUUCAGCAUCGGCAUUCAAAGCCAGUACAGAAGCUGAUAAGACAUUGGAUCCGGAACCGGUGCAGAAAUGGGCAGAGGAAGGCUUUGCUGUCGUUGGAGUCACUCCAUCUACUUCGGGCUGGUCUGUUGAAGAAAGUCUAGCAAAGGGUGUUGAUGCCCUGUUGGAUCUGAAAGAACUUGAUGUUAAGGACAAGUUUGCUGUUACUGUAUUCUAUCCUGAUAUUCUUCCCCGCGUUCUUGACGCGGUAUCAAGGGAUACGCGCAUUUCGUGUGUCGUCUCAUUUGGUGUGGCGGCAGUGACAUCUACCGUUCCCAUAGCUUUCCAUGUUCCAUCAUCAUAUAAAGAAUCUGAAACCACGGCAUUAACUUCAGUUUACAAGUAUACGACCCCAUCACCCUACUUCGUUCUCCCCCAAGCUGAAGAAUACAAACCGACGUUCGCCUCUAUUGCACAUACGCGGAACGUCGUCUUUCUCCGCAAGCAUAUUGGUGGUCCUCAUUUCGAUAUUGAGGCAAUCUGGGAUGAACAUACAUAUUUCGAGUUUGAAGUUCGAAGCGUGUCCCAGACUAUGGGAACGAUGGUGCAAGAGCCCUAUGUUAAUCAUGUUACCACUAUGACUGGGGGCAUCGGGCGACAGAAGUUGACUGCUUUCUAUCGAGAUCAUUUCAUCUUCGCCAACCCGGCUGAUACUGAACUUGAAACUGUUUCACGAACCGUCGGUCCUGAUCGCAUCGUUGAGGAGUUCAUUUUCAAAUGCACUCAUGACAGGACGAUCGACUGGCUUCUACCAGCUGUUCCUCCAACAGGGAAGAAGCUAGAGAUUCCGAUGCUGGGCGUCGUGAACGUACGUGGUGAUAGAUUAUAUCACGAACACAUUUGGUGGGACCAGGGAACUGCCCUGUUGCAGGCAGGGCUUAUCCCCACACAGGUACCGUUUCCCCUCGAGGGAGGGAAACAGAUGCUUCGUCUUCCUGUCGCUGGACAGGAGUGUGUGAGACUACUGGUCAACGAAAGGGAUGGGAAAAGUAACGAAAUGUUUGGAUGGGGUAUUCAGAAGUAAAUUUGAUAUUAUUGACCAAAAUUGUAUCGGUACUAUUGCGUUUUCAUGGGAAGGUGACGUACGAGGAGUGCAAGCUGGGAGACUUCGGGGUCAUUGUGGGGAUUCUUCCUGAGUAUCUUGUCCACUAGUUUUCUCGAGAUUUUUAGGGUUAAUUGAAAAAUGUCCAAUCUUCAAAGUCUAAGC